AUGUCCACCUCUUCGGGGGCUCCGGAGUCUUGGAUAUCUUCCUUCUGCUCUUUACUUGGCCACGAAUACUUUGCAGAAGUUUCUGAGGAGUUCAUUGAAGAUGACUUCAACCUCACGGGCUUGCAAAAUCAGGUCGCCAUGUACAAGGAAGCACUUGAGAUGAUCCUCGACGUGGAGCCUGAGGAAGACGAGGACGAAGAGGAGGAGGAGGAGGAAGACGAAGAGGAUAAUGAUUCGGGAGACCAAGACCGUCUCGGUCCCAGACACGACCGGAGACAACAUAGCCGCAUGGCGAGUGACCUUAGCGUCAUUGAGUCUUCCUCCGAGAUGCUCUAUGGCCUGAUUCAUCAACGGUUCAUCUGCUCACGGGCAGGAAUCCAGCAGAUGAGUGAGAAGUACGAGCUGGGUCACUUCGGCUGCUGCCCCCGCACAAACUGCGAUCAAGCAAGGACACUCCCGGUGGGACUCUCUGAUAUUCCUGGUGAAGACACUGUGAAGCUGUUCUGCCCCUCAUGUCUCGACGUCUACGUCCCCCCCAAUAGCCGCUUCCAGACGGUUGAUGGAGCCUUUUUCGGUCGCACAUUCGGUGCCCUUUUCCUCCUCACGUUCCCGGAGUACGACCUCACCAAGCGUGGAGCUGAGGUUCUCAGCAGCGGUGGCGCACGCAUCAACGAUGACUCGGUCGAGAUGAUAAACGGCAUGUAUGCCAAGAACAUUGCACCCGGUCUGGGUGCUGGUCGGAUAUACGAGCCUCGCAUCUACGGCUUCCGCGUCUCUGAGAUUGCCAAAUCGGGUCCGCGAAUGCAGUGGUUGAGGGACAGGCCGGACGACAUGACCGAACUGGACGAGGCGCGCCUCUAUGCGGAUGAGCACCCCGAUUCGGAUGAGGACGACGAGAACAUGAACGGCAAUGGACGGCCCGCACCUCGGCACCGUGCUCCACGUGGCAAUGCCCGCCUUCGCGGGCAACGCCAGGCCCAGAAUGGCAGCCCCAUGAACGUCGAGACGAAUGGUGCGGAAUCGGAACUUUGA